GUUAGAUUCAAUAUCCUCCUCCUAUAAAUACUCUAUGCAAUUAACUAAACUCUACACAAGACUAAAACAUUUGGGCACAACAAUUCAAGGCCCUACAAAGCUACAAACAUGGAUCGUCAAAUCAAGAUUGUUCAAAAAUCCAACUAGGGUUUCACAUUGUAAAACACUUGGAAAAGUUUAAUGGAUUUGAAAUUGGAUUUAGAACAACAGUUUCUUAUGGAUGUUGAUAUUGGGGAUGAAAAUCAUGAAAUGAAGUUUGUGAGUUUUAAGGAAGUUGUUGGAGGUGGUAGUAACAUUUGUGUUGGGGGAAAACAUGAAUUAUGUGUAGGUAUCGAAAACGAGAAAGAAUCGAUUAGAAAAAGGAAAAAAGAAUGUUACUUGCCAAUGUUGGAUUGGGUGAAAAGAGUUGCAAGCAAUCCUUGUGACCCUGUGAUCGGAUCGUUGCCCGAAAGUUCGAAGUGGAAGGGUUAUGGAAAUGAGCGUGUUUGGAAACAGGUUUUAAGGGCUAAAGAGGCAAUGAGUUUGAAGGUUAAUGUUGAUUCAAAUGUUAAACAGUCUUUUUGGCAGAAGAAGCAAAAGAUGCAUCCAGAUAUGUACGAUGAGCGAACCAAGAAACCAAACACGAGAUGCAGCCAGAGGCUUAUUUCUAUAGAAGAGAAUCUGUCAACACUUUUGUCCCGAAAACCACAGGUUCUAGAUUAUUCCGAUUUAUCAUCCACUGAGAGUGAUGUAGAAGAGAAAGACUCUUUAUGGGCUUGCAAUUAUAAGAAAAAGCGAAUCCCAUUGGGCCAGGCUUUUCAAGCCGAAGUACCAAACUGGACCAAUGCAACUCAAGAAAGUGAAACUCGAUGGCUUGGGACCCGUGUCUGGCCACUUGACGAAACAGAAAACCGAACCAGUUUGAUUGAAAGAGAACCGAUUGGGAAAGGAAGACGAGGCUCGUGUGGCUGCCAGCUCAUCGGUUCUCUCGAUUGUGUUAGAUUUCACGUUGCUGAAAAAAGAUCCCGAUUGAAACUUGAACUGGGGUCCGCUUUUGUUAAAUGGAAGUUCGAUUCUAUGGGGGAAGAUGUUUCACUGGAAUGGACUAAAACGGAAGAAAAGAAGUUUGCGCGUAUAAUAAAGUCAAACCCGUGGUCUUCUGGUAGGAGUUUUUGGGAUGUACUUGUAACCAGUUUCAAGAACAGAACGAGGGCCGUUGUUGUGUCGUACUAUUUUAAUGUUUACCUCUUGCGACGUAGGGCUCACCAGAAUCGGGCUGAUCCGAGCAAUGUUGAUAGUGAUGAUGAUGAACUUGAGAAAGUUGGUGGUGAGAUAAACAACAAGCCUUUAUGCUCUCCAAAGGUGCAUUUGAAAUUCACAGCUUAUUUUUGAUGAUUUUAUACAAGUAAAGAAGUUGGGGUGCGGGGUGUAAAUGGUAAAAGAGGCAUAGCAUAGGGUGAGUGCUUGCAUGAUUUUGGUACGUUUGUUGAGAUGUAAGCACCAUUGCUUUGUUAGUUUACAAUUUUGGUAAUACUAUCUAUAUAUAGUAGUAUAUGAUGAUUUUGAUUCUAUAAUUGGACUCACAAGAGUUGAGCCUGUGUUUGUUUCUUGAAGUUAGAUUCGAUACAAUUAAGU